UUUCCCCACUGUUGGCGCAGUAGCUAAAGAACCGCCGAAGCCGACUCUACGUCGUUCGCUUACAGUGAAGAAAAUCCCGGAAUAGUUGCGAGAGGGGACGGAAACUAGUAGCUAUUAUUAUCCCAGGGCGCACCAACCAUGUCUCUGGUCGAAUCGUCCCAACGCUCGUUGGAGGAUGAUGAGUCGUUCAUCAUACUCGGCACCACGCCGACACCCUCGAUGGACAUCUACUCCAACGCCCCGGUCUCCUCCCAGCCAGCAUCGGUGGUUGAGCGAGAAAUAGCCGAAUUAGCAAAAUCGUUGCCCACCGUCACCAAGAUGGAAACCUCCACCCAGCUCGAUUCCACCACCUACAGCCUGCUGCCGAACGCCGGACCAGUGCUAAGUGCCUCGACGAUUGCGUCGCAGCCAGCAAAAUCGCUGCAUGAAUCAUCGUCAUCACCAUCAGCCUCCCCGAAAGUGUCGAUGAUGGUUGCGUCAACCGAAUCGGUGCAGCAGGUGCCGCCGUCACUGCGCUCGACCAAAGGCUCGCUGAAAAGCUUGCAAUCGAUCGAGAACAAGGAAAACAGCGUGCCGCCGAUGGUGACGAGCGUUAGCCAAACGCCGACCGCGUCCUUUAUACUGGGCGAAACGCAAUCGAUUCUGCACCAGUUCCCGAGCCUGGCCCAAUCGUCCGUAUCGUUCGAGGAGAUACAGCUGCUCCAGAAGCUUAGCAUGGAGCACAGCCAGCUGAAGGAGAGCCUGCAGCGGGCGAAUGUGGCGAUGCGCAAGAACUUUACCUCCAUACAGCAGCUGCAGGACGAAACGAAGGCGCGCUGUGCCGCCCAGGAUGCGCUGAUCGAGCAGCAGAAGCAGCAGAUUGAGCAGCUUACCGAAGCAAACGGCCGGCUGGCGGGUGAGCUAGUGGCAGCGCGAAAGGAACACACCGAAAAGGAAAAAGAGCACCAGAACACGAUCGUGGAGCUGCAGACGGAACUGAGCGAGAUUGGCCGGGUGCGUGAGGUGGAGCGCAACGCGGCCCAGUACGAGGUGGACGAGCUGAAGAAGGAAUCGUCCGAGCGGCAGGCCAUCAUACAGAAUCUGUCCAAGCACAUCGAACGCUUGGAGCUUCAAAUUAAGGGCUUCGUGGUGGUGAACACCAACAAGCCGGAGGGCGAUGAUGGUAAGGCUAGCUUCGUUUCGGAAGAAACGCACAAGCGAGAGCUGAAGCAAAUCGAGCGACGCUUGUCGGUGGAGGUGGCCAAAAACUUGGAGUUUGAGGAUAUGCGUAAAGUAUAUGUCGACGAGAUCAAUUGCCUGAAGGCAAACCUGAAAACAGCGGAACAAGUGUACGCAGCGGGCCGCGUCGAGGCCCAGCAGCAGUUCGAUGACAUCAAGGCGCGGGACGAAACGAUUGCGCAGCUGCGCCAGCAGAUAACCACACUCGAGGAAAGGGUACAGAUGCUUACCGUGCAGUCAGACAUCUUCCAGAAGGAUUUCGAAGCCGAACGUACGGCGCGCGAAGAGCUGGCCGGUGAAAAGAGCCGCAUUUUGGGCGAGUUUGAAGUGCUGCAGCGUCGCAAUGCCGAACUUACUGCGCAAGUUUCCCAAACUGAAUCGGACCGAGCAGAAACAGCCCAGCGGGCAGCAAAAAUGGUACAGCAGGCUACGUCUAGCCAGGAGGCUGCAGGAACGAACAACACUCCCGCCAAUCAACCCGAGGAGGAGCAGAAGGAACCGCUCAGUCUGCUGCGCUGUCCGCUCUGUCUGAAGGGCUACAAGGAUUUCAGCUCGCUGCAGAGCCACGCUGCCGACUGUAUGGGGAUUGAGUAGGAUUUUUGGAAGAACCGCACCUGUAUUACCCGGGGUAGAGCAGCCCUAAACUGUUAUCUUGUAAUGUUAAGCUACACCUCUUAUUGAGUGCAUCUUAAGAAGAGUUUAAUUGUGCUACAAUAAAAAAAAAAUAGUGUCAUGAAUUAUA